UUAUGGAGGACCUUCAACGAAAAGCAAGAUUAUUGGAAAAUGAAAUUGAUAUGCGUCUUAUAUCUCUUAAUAAAUUUCAUAUUUCUAAUGCAGGUCAAACAGAUAUUCAAAGCAAAUCCCAUUCAAGACGUUCUUUUGACUCGCUUACGAGUGAAAUUGAAUCAAAAUUGUCAAAAUUAAGUGAAAUUAAUUUUCAGAUGCAAGAAUGUUUUGAUAAAGAUAAAAGUGUUUUUAACAAAACACCUCAACAACACAUUCUUAGAAGGCAUCAAGAUAUUCUUAGAGAUUAUAGUGCAGAGUUUCGAAGAACGCAUGAAAAUAUUAAAAAUCAAUUACAAAGAGAUGAAUUAAUGGAAAUGACGUCAACUGUAAAUAAUCGUUGUAGAACUACAGAUUAUUUAACUAGAGAAAAUGAAAGUAUUAGCGAUUGUGAUCGUCUUUUAAAUGAUCAAAUAAGUAUUGCUAUGUCUGUGAGAGAAGGGCUUUAUUCACAAAGUAGUGGACUUGGGGCUAUUAAUAAACGUGUUCAUCAAUUGACUAAGAAAUAUCCAGCACUUAAUAAUUUGAUGAACAAAAUUCGAAUGAAAAAACGCAAGGAUACUUUAAUUUUGGCGGCAGUUAUUUCUAGUUGUCUUAUAUUUAUUUUCAUUUAUCUUAUGCAUUGA